CAAUGGGUCUUUCUCCCUCCCCUUCCCCAAUGCCCAGAUCUGCCAUGGAUGAUGAUAUUGCAGCGCUCGUGGUCGACAACGGCUCCGGCAUGUGCAAAGCCGGCUUCGCGGGAGACGAUGCGCCCAGGGCCGUCUUCCCCUCCAUCGUGGGUCGCCCCAGGCAUCAGGGUGUGAUGGUCGGGAUGGGCCAGAAAGACAGCUAUGUUGGAGACGAGGCGCAGAGCAAGAGAGGCAUCCUGACUCUCAAGUACCCCAUCGAACAUGGCAUUGUCACCAACUGGGAUGACAUGGAGAAGAUUUGGCAUCACACCUUCUACAAUGAGCUCAGAGUCGCCCCGGAAGAACAUCCUGUGCUGUUGACAGAAGCUCCCCUGAACCCCAAGGCCAACAGAGAGAAGAUGACUCAGAUCAUGUUUGAGACCUUCAACACCCCAGCCAUGUACGUUGCCAUCCAGGCUGUGCUCUCCCUGUACGCCUCUGGCCGUACCACCGGCAUUGUGAUGGACUCUGGUGAUGGUGUCACCCACACUGUGCCCAUCUAUGAAGGUUACGCCUUGCCCCACGCCAUCCUCCGUCUGGACCUGGCUGGCCGCGACUUGACCGACUACCUCAUGAAGAUCUUGACCGAGAGAGGCUACAGCUUCACCACCACAGCUGAGCGGGAAAUUGUGCGUGACAUCAAGGAGAAGCUGUGCUACGUUGCCCUGGACUUUGAGCAAGAGAUGGCCACUGCCGCGUCCAGUUCCUCUCUGGAGAAGAGCUACGAGCUGCCCGACGGGCAAGUCAUCACCAUUGGCAAUGAGCGGUUCAGGUGCCCAGAAGCUCUCUUCCAGCCUUCUUUCUUGGGCAUGGAGUCUUGCGGCAUCCAUGAAACCACCUUUAACUCCAUCAUGAAGUGUGACGUUGACAUCCGUAAGGAUCUCUAUGCCAACACCGUCCUCUCUGGGGGCACCACCAUGUACCCUGGCAUCGCCGACCGGAUGCAGAAGGAAAUCACCGCGCUGGCACCCAGCACAAUGAAAAUCAAGAUCAUUGCCCCACCUGAGCGUAAAUACUCUGUCUGGAUCGGAGGCUCCAUUCUGGCCUCUUUGUCCACCUUCCAGCAAAUGUGGAUCAGCAAGCAGGAAUAUGAUGAAUCCGGACCGUCCAUUGUCCACCGCAAAUGCUUCUAAAGCAGGACUCAGUUACCACAAUAGCAUUUUUUUUCCUCUUUUUUUUUUGACAAAAAAAAAAUAAUAAUUCUCCCUCCCUCCUCCCCAUAACUUGCGCAUAAGCGAAAAAGUUUUGAGAUUUGGCAUGGCUUAUUUGUUUAUUUGGCGCUUGACUCAGGAUAUCAAAACUGGAACGGUGAGAAAAAGGUUUUGACGGCGGAAGCCUUUAUUAAAAACAAAAAUGCAAAAAAAAAAAAAAGUUUUGGAGCGAACACCUCCCUCUCUCCACCCCCUCCCCUCCCCACCGACCCCCCCCCCCCCAGUUCUGCGGUGCAUCUGAAGACUUCGAUUGUAUGUGUGUUGUUUCUUUUUUUUUUUUUUGAAAACAAUAGUCAUUCCAAAUAAUCGUAUAAAAAUGCAUUGAGAGGAAGUUAAACCGGCCUCUGUGAAGGCAGCAGCCCAGCUCUUUCCGAAGAGCAGAAAACAAGAUUGCCAAGGUUUAUUAAUUCUUUUUUUUUUAUAUAUAGAAAGUAUUAGCUUUGUCUGUGAAUCAUGAUUCAAGUGUCUCUUGUCUCUUGCGCCUUAAAACAAAACUUUAAAAAAAAAAAUAGCCACACUUGAUCGUCAUCUUUUUGGGGUUUUUUUUUAAAGAUUAUUUUGGGUCAGGUCCAAAAAAUAUAUAAAAUUGAACGGGCUGCGGGUGUUUCUCUUCGUCCCAAUGAAACACGUGAAGUGUUUUACCGUCUCCCCUCCUUUUGUGUCCCCUUCCCAACUUCCGAGAGGGAAAGCACCAUUGCACCCUUUUAAUGCCAGUAUGUGUAAGGGGGUACCAGGGCAAGAGGGGGAGGGGCAGGCAAAACUGUAUACACUGACUCGAAAAAGAAAAAUCCCAGUUUCAAAUAAAGAUGCACAACCA